AUGGCACAUGAAUCACAAGAGGCAGAUGACAAAAUGUGGCCUCCCUAUGUAGAACAUAUUUUCAUUGAGAUUAUGUUGGAGGAACAACUUAAGGGUAACAUGGAGAACGAUAUGUUCAAGGGUCCUAUGUGGGCAUCAAUUACAGUUGAACUUAACCAAAGGACUGGGAAAAACUGUCCCUCUAAGCAAGUUGUUCAGAAGCACAAUAGGCUCCGACUCAAACAACGCAAGUGGAGUCAGUUGCUAAGACACACAAGGUUGGGGUGGGACAAGCAGACCCAAAUAGUGACUGGCCUUGACGAGGUGUGGGUGAAUGUGAUUGCAAUCUCCUCAAACACUCCUCCCUUAACUAGUGAUGAGGAGCAUGCCCUAAAGGAAGAGCUUGCCAAUGCCAAUGCAAAUGCACCCACCCAUCUAGAUGAUGACUGUUACACCCCUAACUUUGAGAGUUUCUCGCAAACUGUGGAGGAUGCUGAGGUUGAGGAGGUAACCCAACGGGCGGGAAAACGUCCUGUGCAAGAUGCAAGUGGCAAGGGUAAGAUGGUCUCGAAUAAAGCGGAUAGGGUAAGUGACAUGACUGUGGCCCUAAAGGAGUACACCGUAAUGACAAAGGAGAGGUAUAGGUGUAAACUCGGUAGGUCCAGCGGUAUAUCCGACCAAUUCACUCAAUCCAGUGUUGGGGGUGAUCCUUGUUCACUUCGCAAGGCAAUUGAGCUGCUGAAUAAGUAUGAGGAUCUGAAUAACAAGGCCUAUGUCAAGAUCUCAAAGGCUUUGCAACAAAAGGAUAAUAGGGUGGUGUUUAUGGGUAUGCCGGAGCAUAGGAGGAAGACUUGGAUAGAGGACAUUCUAAACCCGAAAGAGGAUUGA